GAAACAUCGGCAGACUUCUAUCAGAUGACACGGUGUCACAUCUCCGAAGGCAGCUGGCUGUGAGAAUGUCACACCUCACACACAACGCUCACAACGCUCACAACUUACGCAUGUUUCCAGAAAUAUUCAAGUUAUUCUUAAGUUGGUAUUCCUGCCCGCUACAGUUUAGAGCGUUUAGAGGUUAGAAGGUUUAGAACAUAGAACGUUUAGAAGUUUAGAAGAGGGUGACAUUUGUUGACAGUGGUGAAGAGCAUAGAAAGCGGUCGGUAGAUUUCGAGAGGUGUAGGUUUGCUGGUGUAUAGUAAACGCCGAUGUUUGAUGGAGUUGUGGUGAAAUGUGUUGUGCUGUUGUAAGUUUCAAUUUGGUAAAAUGGAAAAUUCAAACGAAGACGUGUAUUAUGCUGAUAUUGCCAAUCUGAGGGAAGUGUUGGCUGCACCACUGUCUUCUGAUGAUGACGAUGAGAAAACUUUAGAUAACGCAACCAAUGGCAGUGAUGAAAAUACAAAUAUUUUACCACAGUCGUUUAUAGAUCUGGACGACGUUUUGUUAGAUGAAAGAGCAUCGACUCCGAGAAUGUGUAGAACCUUUGGUUCUGCAUGUUACGAUGUGCUUUUUAUUAUAGAAAAACAGCUUUUGACGAUGCUUGAGAAGUGCCAGACGAAGAUUAAAGAUCUUCAGGACCAUAUUGAUUCCAUCAAGAGUCAAAAUGAGAAGUCGUUAAUGACUCGUAGUAGUUGGUAUUACAUGUUCGGUAUUCCAUAUUUCAAAGACUGGCGUUAUUUUCCUUGUCCACCAAAUGAGGAUUAUUUGAAGAAAACUGCCAACAUGGAGUUGAGUAUAAUAGACCUCCCAGUACUUAAAGUGUGGAAAGAGAGAGAGAAAUUAAAUCUGAUGGCAGCUGUGAGGACACAGGAAAUAGCUAAGCAACUUAAAGAAGCUGAAAUCAGAAAACAGCCAUUUGUAAUGACAGAAGAUGGUUUGGAUGGUCCAUCAGAGAUUCAAGUAUUAGGAAAUUGCCAACCUCUUUUAGAGACUAAGAGUCUUCCAGAGCUUGUGGGAUGCAGUAAGUCAGAAUAUGAUUGGAUGAAGAUAUCGGCAGUUGAUUUAGAAGGGAUGCACAGUGCUGAUGAAUGUCGUGCAAUGUGGUUCAAUUAUCUUCAUCCUGGGAUAAGGAAGGCCAAGUGGACAAAAGAUGAAGAUGAUAUGUUGAAAGAACUAGUCGUUAAGUAUAAAAAUCAAAAUUGGGAUGGAAUAGCACAGGAGCUUGGCACUCAACGUUCUGCAUAUCAGUGCAUGUUUCAGUAUCAGACGAGACUUAAUGAUUCGUUGAGGAGGAACAAGUGGACGAAAGAAGAGGAUGAUUACCUUAAAGAAGUAGUGGAAAGGUGUCGGUUUGGUUCAUACAUUCCUUGGGGAAAAGUGACUUACUUCAUGACUGGACGUAGUAAAACCCAGGUGUUUAAUCACUGGUCCUAUUCACUGAACCCUUCACUCAAAAAAGGACGUUUCACAAAAGAAGAGGAUAUUUUGUUGGUGGCAGCUGUACGAAGGCAUGGCACUGAUUUUUCUCGUGUGGCACGGUUUCUGCCUGGUCGUACUUCAACACAGAUUCGUUAUAGGUACAAUUCAGUUUUGGCACAUGAAGGUAACGGUGAACCAUGGACACCAAAAGAAGAUGAAUUGCUGAUGACUUUAGUUACAGAACUUGGAGAAGGUAAGUGGAGUGAAAUUAGUCAGCAUUUUAAGAAUCGGAGUAGAACUCAAGUCAGACAUCGCUACACUACUCUUCAGAACUGGCAACGGAAAGUCCCUGCAGACAUGAGAGAAAUACCCCCUGCACCUACACGGCGACAUAAUAUUGAAAGUAACAGAGAAGAAAAGAUAUGGAACAAAGUGCAAGCAAUUCUUGGUAAUGUUGAAAUGGGGGUAGAAAUGGAUGAACAAAACUUGAUGAAGUUGAAAGAAAAGAUGAAUCUAAAAGGGAGAAAGCACCGAGGACGCAAGUUGGGACAAAAGAAGGUGCUCAGUGUAAUUAGCAAGAGGUACUAUAGUUUCUUCAGAUGUGUAUAUCCGAAGACUGGUGGAAGAAAGAAGCUUCGUUACGAGGAACAUUUCGUUAAGACUAGUGGACAGGUGAUCUACAACAUGCUUCAGUAUUUUCAGGCACACCUUGAUAUCCCCAAGGAUGAUUCUGCAAUAGAUGGAGACCAUCUGCUUGAAGAAACAGACAGAUUUAUUCUCCGUUAUCUCAGGGACAGGAAAGAACACUUAAAUGCAAGUGAGAUAUUUGAACAAGAAGGAAAUAGUACUGAUCUGUGCAAUGACAUUUUGCCAACUGUAGACACUGCUGCAGCUGAUGUUCUGAAUGGUGCUGCUUCACUUCGCGAAACAACCCUUACAUCUCAGGUUCCAAAUACAGCCGCUGCACUUCCUGAAAUAGAACUUGCUGCCAGUCAAGCCCAGAAUUUAGGCUUUUCUACUAUGCUUCCUGAAAAUUGUCCGUUACGUCCAUCACGCACCACUUCCAAAAUACCUUAUCUGUGUCCUCCCAAUCAUACCACUUUGGUUGGAUUCCGUACUUUUCUUCUAAGCCGUCGGAAUAUUGCACUAAAUGCAGAUGACAUAGACAGAGUAAUAAAAUCGGAAGUCAGUGACACAACAAAUUCGGAUAUCAGUUCAGUAUCAUGUUCAGAGCGUAUCACUCCUGCAGAGGCGGCAGCUUUGUGGAAGGAACGGUUGGCUUCAUUGUUUGUGUGGCCUGCAAUAAUGUCCAACACAGUUCCAAAAGUCAAGGAGUGUUUGUUUCAAAGCGAUGAUCCACCAGUUGCAAGCACCAGUCAUGGAAUCACUGAUGGAGGGGACAUUGAGAGUGUUUCAAGCAGUAACUGUGGUGUGAGGGCCACAAAGACACGGAUAUGUAGGAAAAUUUCCAGGAAAAAGAAGUGGAGGAGGAAGAAGAAGGAGAAGGAUGCUGCUUUGUCACCACCAAAAAAGAAAAGGAAGUAUGAAAGAACUGGAAAAUACAAGAAACCUCCCCAGUGUGUUGUGCAGAAGAGGAUUACGAGGCAUUCGUCUGCUUCUGCAAGUGGCCCACUGGAAUCGGAAGACAUAAAGUAGAAGUGUAAUGUCAUAUGCUUGGAAACUGUUGCAGGCUUUGGAUGAUGUUACAAUUUUUGUUUUGUAUUUCUUUUUGUUAGGUUAAAUGUUUUUGAUCAAUAUAGUGACUAAAUUUUCGGUGUUACCUAUGAAAAUAUCAUUGGCAAUUUAAUAAUCUAUUAAGCACUAGUCUUCAGAGAUUGUGUUAUACAAAAGAAUAAAAACUCAUGAAAUUUAUGUUGCAUUUACAAUAAAAAUAAAUAAGUAAAUCGUGA